GUCACGUGAUACGGGUGCUUGCUCCGGCCGGGAGGGGCGCGGAGUCGGGGGGGAGGAAAUAGGAGAGCAGGGCCGGAAGAAGGGGCGGGCGGAGCGGUAGACGGACGGACGUGGGGGCGGGGCGCAGCUCGGCACCGCCCCUCCGCUCCCGCCCUCCCGGCGCGGCUCCUCUGCGCGCUGCUCCUCUCGCCGCCCGCCCGGACCGCGGACCCUCCUCGGCGGCGCCGGCCUGCGGCCCGGUUCCUCAAUUGAUCAUCUGUUCUGAAAGGAACCGUUCCUGCUGAUAGUUCACAUAUGUUCCCCAAACUUUGGCCCAGUUACUCAAGUGGAUCCCAGGAUGCUGCUACGAAAUCUACCUCCUCUCUUCAUUUCUCUCAGUCCUGUGCAGUAUUAUUGCAGAUCUGAGCACCAUAUCUACAGACUGUCCUGAAAUCCUCAGAAGAGUUUGAUGCAUCCUUAACGUGGAAUAAUUUAGCAGUUGUUCUAAAUAUGCAACAAAAUAUUAAUUAGUGAAUCUGGGUGUCUCAGGUUCUGAAUGACACAAAUAACCUCACGUAGAAUUCUUUCUCUUUUGAGUUAUUCACCUGAUCUUCCAUCAGAAAGACUGCAUCUACCUUAAUCUGGUCUUAGAGAUAUUAAUGGAAUACAGUCAUGUCCACUCAGGACGAGAGGCAGAUCAAUACGGAAUAUGCCGUCUCCCUGUUGGAACAGUUAAAACUGUUCUACGAGCAGCAACUGCUCACUGACAUAGUGUUGAUUGUUGAGGAUACUGAGUUCUCUUGUCAUAAGAUGGUUCUUGCAACAUGUAGCUCUUAUUUCAGGGCCAUGUUCAUGAGCGGACUCAGUGAAAGUAAACAGACACACGUGAACCUGAGGAACGUUGACUCGGCUACUUUACAGCUCAUCAUAGCUUAUGCAUACACGGGGAACUUGGCAAUAAAUGAUAGCACUGUGGAGCAGCUCUAUGAAACGGCUUGCUUCCUACAGGUAGAAGAUGUGUUACAGCGGUGUCGAGAAUACUUAAUUAAAAAAAUAAAUGCCGAGAACUGUGUCCGCUUCCUGAGUUUUGCGGAUCUCUUCAGCUGCGAGGAGCUGAAGCAGAGCGCCAAGCGGAUGGUGGAGCACAAGUUCACGGCCGUGUAUCGCCAGGAUGCCUUCAUGCAGCUCUCUCACGACCUGCUCAUAGACAUCCUAAGCAGUGACAACUUGAACGUGGAGAAGGAGGAGACGGUCCGAGAAGCCGCCAUGCUGUGGCUUGAGUACAACCCAGAGUCCCGCUCGCAGUAUCUGUCCUCGGUGCUCAGCCAGAUCCGAAUCGACGCCCUUUCCGAAGUGACGCAGAGGGCCUGGUUUCAGGGGCUGCCGCCCAACGACAAGUCUGUCGUGGUCCAGGGCCUCUACAAGUCCAUGCCCAAGUUCUUCAAGCCGAGGCUCGGGAUGACCAAAGAGGAAAUGAUGAUUUUCAUCGAGGCCACCUCCGAAAACCCCGGGAGUCUGUACUCUUCUGUCUGUUACAGCCCCCAGGCAGAAAAAGUCUACAAGAUCUGCAGCCCGCCCGCCGACCUGCACAAGGUCGGGACCCUCGUCACGCCCGACAACGACAUCUACAUCGCGGGGGGGCAGGUUCCUCUAAAAAACACAAAAACCAAUUACAGCAAAACGAGCAAGCUUCAGGCUGCCUUCCGAACUGUGAAUUGCUUUUACUGGUUUGAUGCCCAGCAGAACACUUGGUUCCCAAAGACCCCGAUGCUCUUUGUCCGCAUCAAGCCCUCUCUGGUUUGCUGUGAAGGCUACAUCUACGCCAUCGGGGGAGACAGCGUGGGCGGGGAGCUCAACCGAAGGACCGUGGAGCGGUACGACACCGAGAAGGACGAGUGGACCCUGGUGAGCCCCCUGCCCUGCGCCUGGCAAUGGAGUGCCGCCGUCGUGGUCCACGACUGCAUUUACGUGAUGACGCUGAACCUCAUGUACUGCUACUUUCCCAGGUCGGACUCGUGGGUGGAAAUGGCCAUGAGGCAGACGAGCAGAUCCUUCGCGUCGGCCGCGGCUUUUGGCGAUCAGAUCUUCUACAUCGGGGGCCUCCAUAUCGCCAGCAGCUCCGGCCUGAGGCUGCCGACCAGCACGGUCGACGGCUCUUCGGUCACCGUGGAAGUGUACGACGUGAACAAGAACGAGUGGAGGAUGGCGGCCAACAUCCCUGCCAAGCGGUACUCGGACCCUUGUGUGAGAGCUGUAGUGAUCUCGAAUUCUCUGUGCGUUUUUAUGCGAGAAACCCACUUAAACGAGAGAGCAAAAUACGCCACCUACCAGUAUGACGUGGAGCUCGACCGCUGGUCUCUGCGGCAGCACAUAUCCGAGCGUGUGCUGUGGGACUUGGGCAGAGAUUUCCGAUGCACUGUGGGGAAGCUGUAUCCAUCUUGCCUCGAAGAAUCUCCGUGGAAACCGCCAGCGUGUCUUUUUUCGCCCGACGGAGCCGAUGAGUUUGAGCUAGACCGGGACGUGGUUGCCUUGCCCCCCGUAUAGCGGGGCGGCGGGGCUCAGGACGCGUGUGCCCCCCAUCCGCGCUCUGUAGUUACUUUUAGAGAGAAGAAAGCUUUAGGAAAGAAGGGCUAGCCAUGGAAACGUUUAAUCCUUUCUUUCAUAAAUUGUAUUUUUAUGCCCUAUUCAUGCCCUAUUCAAUAUUUGCAGCAGUAUAAUGCCUAUGUCAGUGAGUCUUGCGGAGAGAUAGACUACCGUAAUCUGAAGUAGCUUAUCCAAUGAUUGAGAAACUUCUCUGUAUAUCACAAGAGCCUGAGCAUCUGGAGUAUCUCACUGUUAGCCCCAUGAGCUCAUCUGGGACAAGUUUGCUUCAUUAAGGUAGUUGGAUGUUCCUCAUGUGUCGCGUCCCGAGUCCUUCUGAGAGACACUUCCCACGUGUGUCGAUGAUUCCUGGGCUUCUCUGUUCCGAGAGAACGUCAUCUUGUGCCCCUGACUGCAGGACCAGUCGGCUGGACCACAAGGCCUGGGGCUCGCGCUCCCUCUCCGGCCUGGCUCUUUGGAGGGCGGGGCUUCCGAGCAGCUGCUAGUUGGCCAACCAGGGGUGAACUUGGGUCUCUAGGCUCGCAGUCAAAAUGGCGGCCCCUCCAGUGUGGGUUUGCCUGGGGUUGUAAUCAGUCAGUGCCUCCACCUCCCAGUUACAGGAACGUCAGCUCGUGCUUCUGUGACUUCCUGCUGCUGCUGCUGCUGCUGCUGCUGCUGAGGUAUUUUUCCAAUGUCAAACCGAGGUUUUAGUGUGGCUUAAACCAGGUCUUUUAUUUUGGGUUAACUGAAUAACGAGCAUUACUGUAGAGUGAUUGUGUAUGGAUAUCCCUUAGCUAUCAGGUUGUGUUUUUUUUUUUCUUUGGGGGUGGGAGGGUGGGGUCAGGGUCAAUUGGGGGGGACCGAAGCAUUCAGGAAUCCUCUGCACGAGGUGGCCAGCAGGGCAGAGAUCAAGGGCUGCUCUGGAACUAAUCCCAGGAACCACUAGAAGAGAUGGGGCUCCCCCACUCUCCCAGGAGCACAGGUGCUUCAUGACAAACGUUACCAGCAUGUUGAGCUGCAUCAUGUUUGGCACUGUAUUUUGACUGGCGUUAAUUUAUUAAAGAAAUUGUACCUUGAAAA